CACAAACAGACACUCUUGAUAACUUUGUUUGAACGUUUCCUGGCGUAUCUAAGGGAACGUUUCUUUCCCGUAUAAAAAGAUCAAGGAUAUCGCGGACAUUGUUUACGUUGCUGCAAUAUUUACCCACUAUUGACGUCAUGUACUUAAUGUAUUUGCCAGGCUAAGAAAAUGGAUCGCGUGCACGUCGCUUCGUCGUAUUAUUUAUUCAAAGACUGAUUGUUAGGUAAAGUGAAAACAUCGAAAUCGUGAAAAUUUAAAAUUUGUGAAUCUAGCAAAACAUUAAAAUGAAUUAGAGUUGUUUACGUAAGUCUUGCAGAAGUGUUUUAAGAAAUAUGAAAUUAUUGGUAGUGUCAUGCAAUGGCACUUCGCAUCAAAUGUGAUUGUCUUCUUCGUCUUUUUCGUUUGUCUUUUGUUUUAUAAUUGGUUUGUGUUCAUUUGAUUUUGUCCUUUAUCUAUGAAGUUAACACCAUUUUACAAUAAUUUAAUUAUAAUUUUAAUUGUUAUUAUAAAAUUAUCAUCGUUGUUGUUGUUGUUAUUGUUAUUAAACGUGUAUUUAAUUUGCGAACGUAAAAAUGUUGUUAGCUAUGCGUCGCGAAAGUGAACAUCAUCAUCACAGUCAUCAACAUCUUAGUGGAAACGAUACCGCAAAUGUGCUGACACCGUCGCCGCUUAACGACAUAACUGUACUGACAACAACAACAACAACGACAACAACAAAUGGUUUUACGCCAUCCAAUACUUUAAAUUUGUCAACCGCCUCUUCAUCUACGGCAACAGAUAGUCUGAAUACACCUUCAACACCUUUGCUUAAUUUGGGGCGUAAUCCUUUACAAUUUACCGCCCCACCUCCCGCACCACCACCACCACCAACAAUUUCAGUUCAAUCAGGACCUCAAUUUGGAUUUUAUUCUCCGAACUCAACAGCGGCGUCAUCAACUUAUUUACAUCAUUACCCUCAUACAACGCCAACGCACAUCGCGGCACAAGCGGUGGAUAACGCUAGUGGUAGCUACGUAGGGCAAACUUCAAAUAGGGCUACGGCUACACCUUCUGCCGAGCUAGAUGAAUAUGUCGAUAUAUUACAAGUGCAACAGCUGUUAUUGGAUUCUUCGUCGUUGAAUCCACAAACAGGCCAUCAACAGAUACCCAUAACUUCCAAUACAAGUAUAACUAGCGCCUCUUCGAUAAGCAGCAGUGAAUCGCACACGAGCACUUCACAAGCACAGGUUAGUUUGCCGAAACCUCAACCUCGCCCUCGCUUAAAUCUACAAAAGGCAUCCGAAUAUGCAGCACAACAUCAAGCUGACUCUCCGUCCUCCCGUCGUAUGUUAUUAGAUUAUCCAAAUCCUUACUUGUACAGUAAUCAUUAUCAUACGUCACCGAGUGAGGAUUUAGUAGCCCUUUGGUUUGGCAGCAAUGGAUCCGGUGGCGUAGCCCCUGGAACCCCAUCAGCGGCCAUGAUCAUGGAAGGGCUUGAAACCCUGGUGGCGCCAUCGCAUCACACAUUCCUGCUGACCGAAUCGGCUGCAGCGGCGCACUUUAAUGUUUUAAGUUUCGACACAUGUCUAUUUAAAACGACUGCACCUACAAGUCCCUCAACAGCGGUGACUUCGGCUGCUCCCUACCUCAGUAAUCCCUCAAAUUUUGGUGGCAGCCAUUUAAGCUCUCAAACGUUGUUACAUUACAAUUUGUCUUCGAAUCCGGCCGCUACGCUUUCAUCUUCAUCAUCAUCGGCGGGCGCCGCAUCAAGUCCGAACGCCGCUUCUUCUUCAGCGAACAGUAGUAACUCCAUUUUAAAUUCUUUGCGGUCGCAAACGACGCGUUUGGGCAGCAUUUCAGUGGCUGCUGAAACUCAACAACAUUUGCAGAGUCCGCCUUUGCACGGUGCUGGCCCCUCAAUAGCUAGUGCGGCCGUUAGCGUAAACAGCGGCGGGGGUAGCUCUUCAACUACUACCAGUGGUCGAAGUUCCGCUUCACAUUUGAGCUUAUUAAAUACCACUCAACACAGUCCAAUCGCAGGAGCCAGCGUAUCUUCAGUAGCAGACAGUGUAGAUAUUAAACAAGCUCACAUUGAAGCUCAAUCCGGCGAUCUGAACACACCAGUCACAACAUCCAGCGACAUCCCAUCCUUUUUCGGUCCAUCAACGGUUGUGGAACCGCCGCCUAUAACAGGUUCUAUUGAAUCUGAAGAUUUAUCAUUGGAACCGCAAACAGUGGCCGCCAGUCCGGUGUUGUGCAGUCCUUUGAAAGAGGAACGCAGUACUCCGCCCACUUUGGCCAUUGUUAAGGAAGAGACAAGUAAUAAUAGUUGUACUAUGUACCCCACCUCCACUACCACACCACAACAACAACAGCAACAACAUCUAAGUCAAAUUACAACCACCAGCAACACAACAUUAGGAACAAAUAAUACAAAUACAACAACACAGAGUCAUACAACAACACAUCAUCACCAUCAUCAACAGCACCACAGUCAGCAUGUUAGUGGACAACAAUCACCAACACAACAUCAGCAUCACCAACAACAACAACAACAACAACAACAACAACAACAACACCAUCACCAUCAUCAACAACAACACUACCAACAACAACAACAAGCGCAUCAAUUACAACAGCAACAAAACCAAAUACAGUCAAGCAAUCAUUUACACCUGCAGCAACAACAACAACAACAACAGCAACACAAUCAUCAUAUACAACAACAACAUUAUCAACACCAGCAACAACAGCAACAUGCGCACCACCAUCAUCACCACCACCAUCAUCACCAACAUCAUCAUCAUCAACAACAACAACAACAACACCAGCCAUUACCUCAUUUAUCACACCAUCAACAUCAGCAACAACAACAACAACAACAUCAACAGCAUGCAAAUAGUAGUAGUAGCGGUAAAAUAUCAUAUCGUGGCAUUUUUACCACCACCACAGGUAACACCGCGAUGAGCGGUAUUAAUUCAUCUGGAAUUGUACAACAACAACAGCAACAACAACAGCAACAUCAACAACAACAACAUACUCAAUCCACGCAAAUGCAUUCACCCUCAUUGAGUAUAAUGCCUGGUCAAAUGUCGCCUCCAUCGGCGGGCUUAGGCAACAGCUGGAACUUGCCGAGUCCCGACAAGACUCUCUUUCAACCCCCCAUGUUUAGCCUGUUGGGUCCCGGGCCACAAAAUGCCGUAGCCACUCAAGCUCAUUAUGCCGCACAACAUCAUGCAAGCAGCAUUCCCACCUCUACACCUUCACCAAAUUCAGCGCAACAUAUGCACACAGCAUCGUCUGGGUCUGCCUACGAUGACGGACGUCAUGUUGAGCUGUUGGGAUUGCAAAUGGAUUGUUCUCCUAUUAUUCUUAAGCAAGCGGCUCCACCUAGUUAUACAAGCACGACCAGUUUUUCGACAUUAGCCGAUAUGCAACAGUCUCAAACAGCGCAUGAUUUGCAGCAAUAUCGCCAACAAAUGUCUGUGUCUACACCUAAAUAUCAAUGGCUUGAUUCUCCAGCUGAAUAUGGUAAUACUACUCAGUCUACCACAUUAGUAUUACCAGGACCUUCUUCAACUUCGUCCAGCGCAGCUUUAGGUGGUGGAAUCAUACCUAAGCAAGAAGCUUAUGCCGAACCUGCGCAAACGCCCACCCAUCACAUCCAAAGUACGGCAACGGCAGUGAGUGCAGGAGCCCAAAGCUCUUAUACAGUAGUACAACUGGCUGAAUAUUCACCUUCCACUAGUAAGGGCCACGAAAUAUUGUCGCAAGUCUAUCAACAGAGUGCAAUGCCAUUAAAGCUAGUCCCCGUCAAACCGCGCAAAUAUCCUAAUCGGCCUAGUAAAACGCCUGUACACGAACGACCUUAUGCUUGUCCUGUAGAAAAUUGUGAUCGUCGCUUUUCACGUUCCGAUGAAUUAACCCGCCAUAUACGCAUACAUACCGGCCAGAAACCAUUCCAAUGUCGCAUUUGCAUGCGCUCCUUCAGUCGCUCGGAUCACUUAACCACCCACAUACGCACGCAUACUGGCGAAAAACCGUUCUCUUGCGAUAUAUGCGGACGAAAAUUCGCUCGAUCUGAUGAAAAGAAAAGACAUGCUAAGGUUCAUCUAAAACAACGCAUCAAGAAAGAGUCCAAGCUUAGCCAACAGCAGCAGCAACAACAACAGCAACAACAGCAGGCUGCCGCAGCGGCCGCCGCUGCCCACCAACAACAGCAGCAACAACAGCAACACCAGCAACACCAGCAACACCAUCAUCAUCAGCAGCAACAGCAUCAUCAACAUAUGCUUCACUCCUCUGACAUUUCCAUAGUAACAUCAAGUUUGGAUGAGUGGCGCACAGAGGAAACAGAUGAGGAUAGUUGGAUCGAUGACCCACCAAUUCAAACGCAAACUAUAGAUGCCUCUACCAAUACAGACGCAAACGAGGAAAAUAUCGAAUUGGAUUUAUUCGAAGGAAAGCAUGAAAACAGUCAAGAUAUGGUUAUAUUGUUCCUGACAGCUCAAUAG